AUGGCUAUGUCCAUGUUUAAAUUAUCUUCUGCUUUGGCAAAUUCUUCAAAGAACCUUCGAUGCGCCGUCCGUCUCCUGGAUAAAAAUGAUUUUUCUACUACAAAUAUCAAUGCCAGGAAGGAGAAGGACACUAUGGGCGAACUCGACGUUCCCGACGACAAGCUGUACGGGGCGCAGACUGUGAGGUCGGUGAUGAAUUUCCCCAUCGGUGGCAUCGAAGAGCGCAUGCCGUAUCCCGUAAUAAUUGCUAUGGGAAUUUUGAAGAAAGCCGCGGCCAAGGUCAACAUGGAAUUCGGACUCGAUAAGAAAAUCGCCGAGGCCAUAAUGCAGGCGGCCGACGACGUCAUCUCCGGCAAACUCUACCGCGAGGGUCACUUUCCCCUCGUCAUAUGGCAGACCGGCUCCGGCACGCAGAGCAACAUGAACACCAACGAGGUGAUCGCGAACCGCGCCAUCCAGAUCCUGGGCGGCAAGCUCGGCAGCAAGGAUCCCGUGCACCCGAACGACCACGUGAACAAGUCGCAGAGCUCGAACGACACGUACCCCACCGCGAUGCACGUGGCGGUCGCGAUGGAGCUGCGCGACAGGCUGAUGCCGGGCCUGGUGGCGCUGCGCGACACCAUGCAGGCCAAGUCCAAGGAGUUCGAGAAGAUAAUAAAGAUCGGGCGCACGCACCUGAUGGACGCGGUGCCGCUGACGCUGGGGCAGGAGUUCAGCGCGUACGCGGCGCAGCUGACGUUCGGCGUGGAGCGCGUGUGCGCCACGCUGCCGCGGCUGCACUACCUGGCGCUGGGCGGCACCGCCGUCGGCACCGGCCUCAACACGCGCGUCGGCUUCGCGGAGAAGUGCGCCGCCGAGAUCGCCGCGCUCACCGGCAUCCCGUUCGAGACGGCGCCGAACAAGUUCGAGGGUCUCGCCUGCCACGACGCGAUGGUAGAGGUCUCCGGCGCGCUGAACACCAUCGCCGUCUCCCUGAUGAAGAUCGCGAACGACAUCAGGCUGCUCGCGUCGGGACCCCGCUGCGGCCUCGCCGAGCUGCUGCUGCCCGAGAACGAACCCGGAUCCUCCAUCAUGCCCGGCAAGGUUAACCCCACCCAAUGCGAGGCGCUCACUAUGAUCGCCGCCCAAGUGAUGGGCAACCACGUGGCGUGCACAAUCGGCGGCUCAAACGGCCACUUCGAGCUCAACGUCUUCAAGCCAAUGAUGGUGGCGAACGUGCUGAGGUCCAUACGACUCAUCGGUGACGGUUGCACCGCCUUCAACAAGAACUGUGCAGUAGGCAUUAAGGCCAACGAGGAGAGGAUCGCGAAGAUCAUGCACGAGUCACUCAUGCUUGUCACCGCUCUCAACCCGCACAUUGGUUAUGAUAAGGCUGCAACAAUUGCAAAGACUGCGCACAAAGAGGGUGCCACACUGAAGGACACUGCCAUUAAGCUUGGCAUGCUCACAGCGGAGCAAUUCGACAAGUGGGUCCGUCCCGAAGAUAUGCUUGGACCCAAG